UUUCUCUCUGUGAUAGCAGUUUAAUUUGCUGUUUGGAGGGAAGAGAUUGUGGGUGGUAAAAGAAUGCCUCCGUCCUGACAAAAUUCUGCAAAGGAAGAGAAGAUGAUAUUGUUUUUCCUAACAGAAACCAGAACCUAAAAAAUAAAGGUAAAACCAGUCUGGGGAGGAGAGAAGCACCAUGGCUACUGGGUCAGAUGUCAAGGCUGCAGGGGGAAAUGUUCCCAUUGAUGAUGAUUCCCACCCAGCUAAGGAGCAAUCCUGCAGGAAAGGCUUUUGCUCAGUCCGUCAUGGGCUGGCCAUCAUCUUGCAGCUUUGUAACUUUUCAAUCUACACCCAACAAAUGAAUUUGAGCAUUGCCAUUACGGCUAUGGUGAACCACACAAAGGCACCCAGCCAGCCCAACUCCUCCACAGAGCAGCCUUCCCAGGCCUACAGGAAUGAAACCUUAGAGGGAACAAAGGCACUGGCCCCUGUUUAUGACUGGAGUCCUGAGAUCCAGGGAGUCCUCCUCAGCUCCCUCAACUAUGGCUCCUUCCUGGCUCUGCUCCCCACUGGCUAUGUGGCUGGGAUAUUUGGAGCCAAGUAUGUGGUUGGCUUUGGCUUGUUUGUUUCCUCAGUCCUGACGCUCUUCCUUCCGCUGGCGGCUGAUGUUGGAGUGGCCUUGCUCAUCAUCUUCCGGGUCAUCCAAGGCAUUGCCCAGGUUAUGGUAUUAACAGGUCAAUACUCAAUUUGGGUCAAAUGGGCUCCCCCACUGGAAAGGAGUCAACUCACUACCAUUGCUGGAUCAGGGUCAAUGCUGGGGACCUUCAUUGUCCUCCUUGUUGGUGGACUCCUCUGCCAGACCAUAGGAUGGCCGUAUAUCUUUUAUAUCUUUGGUGGAAUUGGCUGUGCCUGCUGCCUUCUCUGGUUUCCUCUGGUCUAUAAUGACCCUGGAAGUCAUCCCUUCAUCAGUACCAGUGAGAAGAAGUUCAUUGUGCACUCACUGGCUCAGCAGGAUUUUUCUCCUGGAUGGUCUCUUCCAAUCAAAGCUAUGAUCCAAUCUCUACCACUUUGGGCCAUUAUAGUCUCCUAUUUCUGUGAAUACUGGCUUUUCAAUAUCAUAAUGGCAUAUACACCCACUUACAUCAGCUCUGUACUUCAAGCCAGCCCUAAAGACAGUGGAAUCCUCUCGGCCUUGCCAUUUGUUGUUGGUUGCAUCUGUAUUGUCCUUGGAGGCCUAUUGGCAGAUUUUCUUCUCUCCAGAAAAAUUCUCAGACUCAUUACCAUCAGGAAAGUCUUCACUGCCAUAGGAGUUUUCUUCUCAUCCAUGUUUUUAGUGCCUCUGCCUUGGGUCAGAUCCAGCAAAGGUGCAACCAUGGCCUUCUUGGUUCUCUCUGCUGCCUCCAGCAGCUUCUGUGAAUCAGGAGCCCUUAUUAACUUCUUGGAUAUUGCUCCUCGGUAUGCUGGGUUUCUCAAGGGACUACUGCAGGUCUUUGCACACAUAGCUGGAGCUAUCUCUCCCACGGUUACUGGUGUUUUCAUCAGUCAGGGUUCAGAUUCAGAAUCUGGAUGGAGAAAUGUGUUCCUGGUUGCAGCUGCUAUUGACAUAGUAGGGGUGAUCUUCUACCUCAUUUUUGCCCAAGCAGAAGUGCAAGACUGGGUGAAGCACGAGCAAAUCACCCACCUCUGAGCCCUGGAGUGCUGUGCGAGAACCCAGCCCUUGCUAGUUCACUACUUUUCCUCACAGCUUGUCCUUUUGGGUCUGCUUGACUGAUUUGCCAUUUAAUUGCAAUUGGUUUUAUUUCUAGUAUCUUCUCAGAAACCUUGACUAUCUAAUAUAGAAGGUUUUACCAAGGUUGAUUUUUUUUAUAGGAGAAAAAAAUGCUCAUUAUUUAACAUAUGAAAGCAUGUAUGUGUGAGUUUCUCAAUGACUUCUAUGCUUCUCACCAUUAUGCUGAAAAAAGCAUCAAGCACUAGAUGAAGUUUUCUCACCAAGUAGAAGAGAAAGCAGAAGCACAGCAGUGUGGUUGGGGGAUUACCAAGGAAGUGGGGCCCAAACACCAGAAUAUGAACCCUAGAGCUUCUAUCAAAAGAAAGGCAGAGACUGUGGAAAACAUUGUCUCCAACCCAAAUCCUGGGCCAAGUGUCCCUGCUCCAAGGCUAAGUUGCUCUCACCUUCCCAAGGUGUAUAGGACACUCCAGUCUUGGUGUGGCCAGGGUACCUCUCUGAAAAGUGACAAGUAAAAAGGACAAUAAAGAAUGAACCCACUGAGACAAGAGGAAUGAACUUUCCUCCAACUUACAUGCAAAAGUCAAUUGACUUCGCCUCUUCCAGACAACUCACUUGGGGCUAGUUUUGGACCAGUGCCUGCCUAUCACUCCCCAGAGUGGACUUUUCCAGAGCAGCUUUCUCCCUGGCUACUGUCUGACCUUGGUUCCGCUUCUGCUUGGCAGAUCUGUGCAGAUACCUAUGCACUUUAGUGAAUGAAUUGUCCAGUUUUUUCUCUUGUCUCCAUGAACAUUUCUUUAGGGGAUCACACUUGUUUUUGCUUCUUUGGCUCUUAGGGUCUUUACCACCAUCCAGUGGGUCUCAUUUAAUAUUCACUUCACUAGCCUAAAAUGCCUCUGGAUAUGUACACAGACCCAGGCUACUUGACUCAUUGUAAAUUUCCAGAGAGUGUACAGGAUGUAUCUGCUUUCAUUAUGUCCCACAUGAGCAGCUCAAGGACCAUGAAGGAAAACAAAAAUAUUCAAACACUAACUGAAUAUUAAUGGAUGCAUGGUAGAAAUCAAAAUCACACAUAGUUUAAAGAAGCUCAACAUCUCAGGAGGGCAGACACCUUUAUCCAGGUAUCCUGCUACUGGCUGUAGAAUGACAGCUGUGGAGAGCAGAUUAUUGGGUAUAGCAUGCUAGAAGAGCAGGUGCAUUAAUCAGGGUGACAUAGGGCCACCAGUCUGAAGUGUUAACUGAACUGGGAUCCAAAAAACAACAGUAACUGGUGCAGGAGGGGAAGAGGGUGAAUUUUCUAGGUUGAAGGCAUGGUAAAAGCGAAGGGUGGCAGGAAGGAGCAGUCACACAUCAGAGGUCAGAUAGCCAGAGAAUAAGAGAAGUGGAGCUUUCAAGAAAGCAAGUGAAUGAUGCUGUAGAAGCAUCAAGGUAGACAAAACACAGAUGACAGUGGGCCCAGUGAAGGAAAGCACAAACCAGGUCAUACGAGGAGUGAGCAGAAAGGAGAAAGCAGAGCACUGCUGGAAAUCUGGCUGUGGAGGGAGGAAAGAGAUGAGAAAGUAGCUGCAGAGGACUACCAGGUAAAGGACAGAGUUUAAACACACGUUUAAAACUGAUGAGAAGGAAUUAGUGAAGAGAGAAAAGUUGCGUGCAGGAAAGAACAAAGCUUGAAUGAAUGGGAAAUUCCUGAGAAGGACACAUGUAGGGUAUGUUGGGACCUGAGGCCCAGUUAGGAGGAGGAUAGCAGAUGACAUGGGGACAGCUUCCGCCUUUUCCCUGACAGUUCAAUGUCAUGCCCCGGUCCACCAACAAGAGAUUCAGGGAAUUGUUUGUUUGUAUGUCUUUCUUCCUACUUGGAGCAGAGUGAUCUGGCAGAGACAUCCAGCAGGUUUGCGGUGGCUUGCAGGGUGAUGGCAUCCAGAUGACAUGGUAAAUGCUUUCAUUGCUCCUCCCCUGCUGCACUGACAGGCUUCCUCUAACCAGUUUGAAUGUAAAGCCAGACAGAGUUCAGGAACAAUGCCAUGAAGUAUUUGGCAACAUCUUAAACACAACAAUGGUACUAUGUGCACAGUCAAUGCCAAUAAAUGCUUGUUGAGUCAUCAUGUGUACCAAUGAAUCAAACAACUCUGGGAUGGUACUAGAGAUACAAGGUUAUGAAUGGAUGUGAACAAAAGGGCCCUAUUUAGAUGCAAACUUCCUUUAAUUAACUUGUUUUCAGAGCACAGAACCAUCUAAACCUAUGGACACUUUUUCUUACUUCACCCAGUGUUAAGAGACCAGGUCUGGCAAUCUCAGAGCCGAUUCAGGGUCUUAACACUGAGCACUCUAGUGUCCUCUAGAGAAGACUGUCUUUCCUAUUUCUGAGCAAUUAUUUCUCUCUUUUUGUUCCCUGGACUCUUACUCCUUUCUCAUUUGUCACCUUCAGCUGUUUUUGAAAACAAGUUUGAUUACUGCCUGAGCCACGCAAGGAAGUUAGGAUUAACAUUUUUAGCAUGAAUGACACUGGUUUUCUCUCCAAAUCAGCAGUCCUGAAAAUAUAGAAAGCUAAGAUUUUCUACCAGUCGGCCCAUCAGCAAUGAGGGGGAAAGCUGAGCAUUGUGCAAAAGGUCUUUCAUGAUGUCUUAGAAUAAGAUUUUAUUAUAUGCUUGUUUAUUGCACUAUUUGACAAUCAUUUAUAAACAACUGAUAUAAAGAGGAAAACAGAGAUAAACCCAGUUUUGAAACUGAGACAUGUAAUAUGUUGCAAACAACAUACACUAUAAAAGAGAAGCGCACAGCCUGCGUAGUGUGGAGAUGGACCCCGGGUGUCUCUGUUUCACCUUCCUCCUGGCACUGGUGACUCUAGAGCCUGGUCUCCUGUGCAGUUCCCUCAACCUUCAUUAAGGAGGAAACUGCUAGGCUCUCGAGGUGCUCAACUUUACAGUGAGUUUUGUGCAGAAAGGAAAAAUAUGUAUCAAAAUAUCAUUAGUGAGUCUUCAUUAAAAGAGCAUAGAAAAUGUUUUCAACAUUUCAAAGGGAUGGUCUAGUCCAUUUUUCUUAAGCUAUCUUUCUUACCCUGUGAUAGGUUAUCCUAAGUGUGUUUUAUAUUUUUUGACAUAAAAAUAAAUAUGACUGGUGCAA